AUGUCUGUCGAACCCUCUCCAGAAACUCUUAUUCACUUCUAUGAUGAACUGACUGAGGCCCAAGCUUCAAUUCCAACGCAGACCUACAUGAAUUUCCUCAUAAAAUGGGGUUAUGACCAUGAGCGAGCGGAGCGACUAUGCAAUCGUUUGGAUAACGGAACUGGGGUUAUUCACCGAAAGGACUUAUGCAAACCCAAUGAGAUUACUUCAAACACGCUCCCAGCUCUACGUGAUGUUCAAAUCCUUACGUCAGAUAUGAAGCAAAAACAGGCGGAAUCUAUUAUGCUCUACGUAUUGGAUGUAAUUAAAAAGAAGAAGCCCAAAAAGGAUCAACUUGAGGAACUGAAAAAACGCCUUGAGGCGGUAUAUGGGAAGGGCUGGAAUUGCUACAUGACCGACGGGAAAUUUUAUUCUGUCUGUUCGCAUGAGGCUGGCACGAGUCUGGUCUUUGUCUACCAUGAUAUCGUCUACGGCGUCUUCCGUUCUCCCUGUAUGACAACGAGGCACUAA